GACAGCUGCAAGAGAAGAAAUCGAAGGAGUGUUAAUCGCUUCCCGUCCCUCUCUGCCUUUCUUCUUGUUUGCUUCUCCCGAACUUUCCCAAACUCCCUCCCUCCCUCCAAUCGCUCAUCGAUCCAAGUUCAUGGCACGCACGUCUUCCUCUGGAAGGUCGAUCUGAGCGCAAAACGCAGGUGUUGUUUUGUCCUGGCAGCGCUUUGUUUCCUUCGUCUGAGCAUCAAAUGUCUCUCUGUUCCUUCUUCUUCUGCGGGCGGUGUUCUAACUGGGCGGAGCAGAGGAGGAAGGAUUCGAGCUCGUGGAGAAUUUUCUCUCUGAAAGAACUACGAUCUGCAACGAACAACUUCAAUUACGAUAACAAGCUCGGGGAAGGGGGCUUUGGCAGCGUCUAUUGGGGCCAACUCUGGGAUGGUUCUCAGAUUGCUGUCAAGAGAUUGAAAGUCUGGAGUAACUCUGAGCAAGAAAAAUUUGCUGCAGAAGUUGAAAAAUUGGGUGCAGUGAGGCAUAAAAACCUUUUAAGUUUCCGAGGAUAUUGUGCUGAAGGGCAGGAGCAUCUCAUUGUGUAUGACUAUAUGCCAAACUUGAGUUUGCAUUCACAUCUUCAUGGCUAUCACUCAGAUGAAUGCUUCCUCGACUGGGGCAGGCGAAUGUCAAUUGUCAUUGGAACAUCUGAGGGAAUCACACAUCUUCACCAACAGACAACACCUCCGAUCAUCCACCAGGACAUUAAAGCAAGCAAUGUUCUGUUAGACUCUGACUUCCAGGCUCGAGUUGCUGACUUUGGAUUUGUGAAGAUAAUUCCUGGUGGCUUGAAUCUUCAGACAACUACUGCUAAGAGUACUCUUGGCUAUCUCACACCUGAGUACAUCAAAUCUGGUAAAGCCUCAGAGAGUUGCGAUGUAUAUAGUUUUGGAAUACUCCUUUUAGAGCUUGUCUCUGGAAAAAGACCAAUACAUAAAAAUCUGCCAAUCACAGAUUGGGCUUUACCUCUUGUGAGGGAGGAGAAAUAUGAAGAGAUUGCAGAUCCCAAGCUCAAUGGAGACUAUAUACAAGAAGAAUUGAAGAGCGUUGUGAUUAUUGCGCUUAUUUGUGCAGAGAAAAACCCUGAAAGAAGACCCAAGAUGCCUGAGGUUACUGGUUUACUUAAAGGAGUCUCUAAAGAGAAGUUAUCAAGUCUGGAAAAUGAAGUGUGCAGACUAGAACCAACUGUUAGCUAUCAAGGAACAUCUACUCCCAUUGAAGUAUCUGAGGAUGUUGCACAACGGGAAACUGUUUUAUGAUAGAAGAUCAAGUUAUGAGUGCACCCACAAUAAAAUCAUUGGUAAUGCUCUUUUACGAGUGCCAAUACUUGCCCUUUUUUCAACUUCAUUUGAGGUCAAGAUUUGCUGUCAAAAGGGUAGUGGUAGACUAUGAUUGUUUAAUACAUAGAAUUCAAUUUUUUAUGUACGUCGGAGCCAUAAAUGAUUGAGCUUGGUUAAAGAUGUAAAAAAGAUUGUUUGUAAAUCAGUCGCACAGCGGUGAGAUUAAAUUCAAGAGGAUGUCAGGUUUUGUAUCAAUUGCAAGUUUGAUGAUGUAUUUUGCACAAGGCCGUGUGAUUAAAUAUUCUAGAGAUUGUGAUUUUUUGUAUCAAUAUUGCAUGUUUGAUAAUGAAAUGGCAAUGAUGUUGUAGCAGUCAUUGUUACAUAUGGCUGCUAUGCUUGCUAU